GUCCUGGUCUCCAGGCUCCGGACGGAUGGGUCGCCCGCUGAAGGGUUCUGAGCUGCUCAGCUCGCCGCAGGUGGAUACUGGAGCUGACACCCAGCACCGCGGUGGAUCUGCACGCCCCCUUGCUGCAGCAGCGCCUGGCUGAGCUGCUGGAGCUGCACUCGCUACCCUUGGCGGGCUGUGGCCUCGCCUAGCUCUGCGCUUUUGCUCUUAGAUGUACUGGAGGUUGGAGUCUGCAGGAUGCUGAAGAGUUGGUGUGAGCUAUGCGCAUGACAGCUUGAACUUUCUUGGGGAUUCCUCUACCAGCCCGUUAGAUCGUGUCAUGCAUGUCACCAGAUAACAAAAUUAAAUAUUCCCUCCAGUGCCCUUUUGGAAUAUUUUGACUUCUCUCCUUAAAAACUGACGAAAAGACCAACUCCUCCCACUGUCAGGAACUAUCUUGUCUUCAGAGUCUGGGAUAAGGGCUUGCAAAUGAGAAAGCUAUCUAUGUCUCUGCGGUCCUUCCACCCCUAAUGCUCCCAGAGGAGCUUCGUUCCUACCGUUUUUCUAGCCUUCAGAGAGAUUUCUCCAGAGCAAUGACCCAGAAGACUUGAUUAGAGUGACGUUGUUUCCUGGGCCCCCAAAAUGGCAGCUAAAAUGGAGAAAACUUUGAGUACCUACACUGAGGAUUCUGACAGGCAAGAGAGACACAUCAUAAUGAAGCUGGAGGAGAAACGUGGGCCCGCUCAGCAAAAAGCUGGCCCCGAUCCUGAGCUUUCCCGCCAGAGCUUCAGACACUUUUGUUAUCAGGAGGUGUCUGGACCCCAGGAAGCGCUCUCCCGCCUUCGACAGCUCUGCAGACAGUGGCUGCAGCCUGACCUACACACUAAGGAGCAGAUUUUGGAGCUCCUCGUGAUGGAGCAGUUUCUGGUCAUCCUUCCUCCAGAGAUCCAGGCGCAGGUCAGGCAUCGAUAUCCAAUGAGCGGCAAGGAGAUUGUGACGCUGGUGGAAGAUUUGCACAGAGCGUCCAAAAAACCAAAGCAGUGGGUGGCUGUUUGUCUGCAAGGGCAGAAGGUGCUCCUGGAGAGAACAGCAGCUCAGCCUGGAGAACAAGAACUUCCAGACUUUGGGCCCCAAACUCAUAGCAGAGAUAUUCAAGAGAACUCCCUGGAAGAGCCUUCCUGGGAAGGGUCUCAGGCCCAGCUGAGUCCCCAUCACUGGGAGAAAUAUCCCUUCUACCAGGAACCAGUUCCCAAACUGACUGAGACAGAGGCCUCCAAGACGAGAAGAGACAAGGAAAACCCACAACAGGAAGGGGCAAAAGGAGCAGAGACACAUGCGGUGUCACCCGCGAGUUCCAAAGUGGGUAGUCUGCACGGCCCUGAGCCAAGACGGGUGAGCACGAGUGAACCCCGAUUGUCACAGAGGCAGGCCAGACCCCCAAAUGCUCAGAAGGCAUUUGCUCACUACCAGAGGCAUUGCAGAGAACUGGACUAUAUCAGCAACCCCCUCAGAGGCUACCCACUGAGAGAGUUAAAGAAAAGCAAAAGAGGCAGAAGAGGCCUGAGCAGCCUUCUGCAGUGUCUUAGCCACCAGGCGGCCCACGCGGCAAAGAAACCUUACAAAUGCGAUGACUGUGGGAAGAGCUUCACGUGGAAUUCAGAGCUGAAGCGACAUAAGCGAGUACACACAGGAGAGAGACCCUACGUCUGUGGGGAGUGCGGAAACCGCUUUGGGAGGCAGUCAACUCUGAAACUGCACCAGAGAAUCCACACUGGGGAGAAACCAUACCAGUGCAGCCAGUGUGGGAAAAGCUUUCGCCAAAGCUCAAAUCUCCAUCAGCACCACAGGCUCCACCAUGGGGACUAAACAGGUGCUGGGUACUUUAGAGGCCCAGGGAAGGGUGGACCUGUCUCUCCUUUUCCUUACUUGCAGGUAAAUCACAGAGCAAGGCGCCCUUGGGGAGUGAUGGAGCCUGUCUGCAAAGCCACCUGAUCUGGGUGUUGGGGAAGGAGAACUGUAUUCUCGGCAGAGUGGGGACUAGUUACUGAGAAUAGUUAGGCUGAGCAACAAGCGGUUUUAAUUAAUAAUUGGUCCUUAAUUAAAUUCUUCUUGUUGCUUUGUCUUACAAAAUACAGUUCUCAUGUGUACUCUUGAGCAGUUCACUAGAAUUUCAAGAAAACGCUCACUAGUAGUCUUUCUGCGACUAACCUUUUUGUUGUUGGUGGUGGUUUUUCAUUACUUUUUAUUUAUUUUUGAGGCAUGGUUUCUCUGCCCUGACUGUCCUGGAACUCACUCUUUUGGCCAGGCUGGCCUCAAACUCAAGAGAUCUGCCUGCCUCUGCCUCCCAACUGCUUAGAUUAAAGGCGUGCGCCACCAAGUGGUAGAUAGCACCUUAAAAAGUUGUAUUUGAGGGAUCCUUUUUAUAGCAAACUUUUAAUUUACUUCAGUCCAAGAUACAAGGAAAAGCUCCAGGGAGAAGUAAAUACUGUUCUGGUAGACAGGGGAAUUCUGCCUGUUCUUUCUCAAGUAAGACAUUAGCUUUAAGACUGUGACUGGCAUUUUCAGUGUUUACACUUGGAUUAUGGUGAUGGCUACACAACUCAGUGACUCCAGGAAGAUUACUGAAAUAGGUGAAUGUAUGAUAAGUACUUGCAGUGACUCCAGGAAGAUUACUGAAAUAGGUUAAUUUAUGAUAAGUACUUGCACAACAUUUUUUAAAUGACAGAAUACUUUAUUUAUAUAGUGUUAGUGUUUCAAAACUGGGUCGGGAACACCAUCCUGUGCCAAACUCUUGUUUCCUCAAAGUAGACAGUAGAACCCAGUCAGUAUCACUCUAGGUGAAGCAUGCUCUUCCUCGGUCAGGCAGACAGGAUGCAUACUUUGUACAAACAGUAGGAGGUGGCCGUCCUCCUGAAGGCAGCAAUACCAAGUCACUGCCUUUAUCUUCAGUAUUCAGCCUGUCCUUACUUCUUCCCCAGCCUGCAUACGAGUACUGGCUGGAACCUAUAGUUCUCCCCACCAAGCACACAUACCCUUCCCUCAAGGGCAGCUUCACUGUUGUCUCUGGGUAAUUUCUGAGUCUCGGUCAUGUCUGUAUCCGUCCUAUAGCUGCUGUAACAAAUGACCGCGAGCUUGGUGGCUUAACACAAAAUUUCUCUUGUGCGACUGGAAGCUAAAGUCUGGAAUCAGCUUCACUUGGCCAGAAUCACCUUGGGCAGGGCUUUCUUUCCUUCUGGAAACCCUGAGAGGUGGAUCAGCUUCCUUGACUUUUUCAGCUUCUAGCAGCCUCCGACAUUCUUGGACUCAUGGCCCCUUCAUCCUCAAAGUACAUUUUUAUGACUCUCCCUCUUGCCUAACCUUGUCUGACUCUGGCCCUCCUGGAUCUCUCUUAGAAGGAUGCUUAUAUUUGGCCUAGGAGGAUAAUUUCCCCAUCUCAAGAUCCUUAAUAACACCCACCAAAUGUUCCUUUUGCCAUUUAAGGUGACAUUCGCUGGUUCAGGGAUUAGGAUAUGAAUGUAUGUGGAAGACCAUCAUACCAUGUCUUUGUAUCUUGGGUCAACUUGGUCACCCAAAGGGGUGAGAAGGAACUUAGAGUUGUUUACAAGGGUCGGCAUAGGAGACUUCCUAGAGUUUUGCGUCUUGGGGUAUUUUAUAGAGCUAGUAUGUUUCCUCUCUUCAGAUUACACAUCAGUGCUUGUUUAGUGUCUUUGGGUACCUGUUUGACUGUAGACAAACUCGCAGUCAACAUCAUUCUUUUCCAAAGGGUGUCGAGACCAUGACACCAAUUGCCUCCCUGCCUCUAGCCCAGUUUCCCUUUGCAUAGGGCUCACGUCAGACAACUGAUGGCAGUAAGUCUGGGCUCAGAUGUGGGGUCCCCUUGUCUCCUUUGCCUGUGCACCUUCACCAGAGCCUCAAGUCUUGACCGACUUUCCUUGCAGCCAGCUUCCUUUUGCAGGACCCCAAAAUAAGAAAAUAGCGUUUCUCCCCUCACAUGCACCGCUUGUUCCUAGGCAUGCCGUUGGUUCUGCCCAACACAUGCAGGUGUCAGGUUCGGGGUGACUCCUGCUUCCAGUGUUUGACCCCUGAGUGACCCCCAGGUUGACCCAUGGAGAAAGGAAGCACUGGCAGACAGUGGAGGUCUGCACAUCUGAAGAGCAUUUUCCCAUCCACAGCGGAUAAGGUGCAAACCAAUCUCACAAUACAACUGUCCCUCUCAACAACACUGGCAAUGACUCCUCACAGAAUAGACUAAAUAUUUCCCUCUAACUCUUCCUGAAAUUGAAAUGCUUCCUUCUUAUUGCGUCACUGAAGCACUGAACAUACCAGAAAACUUGUGCGUUUGUAGCACACAGCGCAGUGGGACAGUAUAGUAUUCACCGCUGUGCAAGUGUCACCGCGAGCUCAUGUUAGGGCACUGUCAGUAUCACAGCGUUAGCAGUCACUCCCUGGUGCCCUCACUCCUGUGCCUGUGGAUCCUGUCCAUACACACUAUCACAUGUCAGCACUUUAUUCCUUUUAUUUCCUAGGAGCCUUGCAUUACAUGAAGGGGCAUUCAGCUCAGCCAGACUGAUGGACAUUGUGGAACUCCACUUUGGCUGAUGUGAGCAGAAUAAUGCUGCUGUGAACAUUGAUAUGUUUUUAAUUCCUCUAGGGUACAUGCCUAAAGGUUGAUUUGCUAGGUCAUGUGAUAAUCCUGUUUAACUUUUCUAGGAAACAAUCAAAUGGUUUCCAAAGUGGAUGCAUAUUUUACAUUUCAACCAGCAGUGUAUAAGGGUUCCAGUUUCUCCACUCCUUCAACAUGAUUUAUUACUGCCUUUUGUUAGUUUGUUUUGAGAUAGGGUCUUAUGGCUGGCAUACAACUCACAAUCCUAAGGAUGAUCUUGAACUCUUGAUCUUUCUGUCUCCACCUCCCAAGUGUCAAGAUUACAGGCACGUGUCACCAUGUGCAGUGUUCCUGGAAUGUGUCUUGAUUAUUGUUAUCUUAGUCAGUGUGGAAUGUGUGGAAUGAUCUUGACUUUCCUUUUCCCCAAUGAUGUAUCUGUUUCUUAUACGUUUAUUUGCUUUGAAGAAAUGGCUAUUCAAAACUCCCCUCCUUCCUGGUGUUUUGAGACAGCGUCUUGCUGUAUAGAACUCACUAUGUAGAUCAGGCUGGCCAUGAAUUUGAGAUAAUCCUGCCUCUGUUUCCCAAACCUUUUGAGUUUUGUUGUUUUUGAAAUAGAGUCUUGCUCUGUAGGAUAAGCCAGCUAGGCUUACCUUGAAUUUGCAGCAAUCCUCCUGCCUCAGUCUUGAGUCCUAGGAUUACAGGUGUGACCCACCAUAACUGUCUCUGUGGCCAGUUAAAAUGGAUUGUCAUUUUUGUUGCUGGGUUGUAAGAAUUCUUUAAAUAUUCCGGAAUGAUGUCCUUAUGAGAUGUAUGACUUGCCAACAGUUUCUCCCAUUCUUUUGUAAUACAGUCUGUUUGUUUGUUUUGGUUGAGACAGGUUUCUCUGUAGUCCUGACUGUUCUGGAACUCACUCUGUAGACCAGGCUGGCCUUGAACGCAGUGAUCCACCCGCCUCUGCCUCCCUAGUACUGGGAUCAGAGGCCUGCCCUCCCACUGCCCAGCCUGUAAUACAUUCUUGUACAAUUGUUGUUUUGCAGUGGGGGUUGAUACAAACUCCUGUGUAACCCAGGAUAGCCUCAAACUUGCAAUCCUCCUGUCUUACCCAAAGGGAUGAGGGAUUAUUGGCGUACACUCAUGCCCAGCAGAACACAUCUGUAAUGAAAACAGCUGUCACUUGCCAAAAUCCAAGGGACCAAAUUUUCAGUUUCCUAAUUUCCAGUAAAACAGCCUGACAUUCCUAUGAAUUAAGAAGUUUAGGAUCGGAGACUGGAGAGAUGGCUCAGCAGUUAAGA